CCUGAUCUCGGAAUACAACUGCAUGUUCGGCAUCUCCUAUGGCAUCACCAAGCUCCAGCCCGGGGAUUUCAUCACGUGCUACAACCCCGGCCGCUGUGGGUUGGCCAUCGUGGCCGAGGGAGGCAAGGUGUUCUGGUUCGUCCAAGAGCGGCUGCCACGGACGUAUCGCCUGCACGAGAUUCCGCGGUACACGGACGACGACGCACGAGACUUUAUUGCCCGUCACUCGGACCUUAUCUUCCUCAAGGGACCGGACGGCCUGACCCUUGCCGACUUCUGGGAGAAGACAUCGUCCUUCCGCCUGGUUCCCAUCGAGGAGGCCAAGUUCAAGCUCUGGCAUUGGGGCCGCAUCGUCUGCGUCGGUGACAGCAUCCACAAGUCGACCCCCAACCUCGGCGUCGGCGCCAAUGCGGCCAUCGAAAGUGCCGCCGCUCUCGCCAACGGCAUCAAGCGGCUAGCCGACCAGUGGCGCGCCACAGACGGCAGCCUCCCAAAUAUUCGGGACAUCGAGGCCAUGCUGGCCGAGUACCACAGAGCACGCGUCGUGCGCGCCGAUGCCGGCGUCGAUUCCUCGGGCUUCCUGGCCCGGUCGCACAACAUGCACGGCUUGGGGCGCCGCCUAUUCGUCCGCUUUGUGAUGCCCCACACGACCGAGUUCGUCCCCGAGCUGAUGGGCAACGCCAUGAUUGGCGCCGUCAAGCUCGACUAUCUCCCGCUCCCCAUGGCCUCUCUGACUGGCACCAAGCCCUUCAAUCCGUCGCAGGGCGACGGCAAGCAGGAGAGCAAGCUCAAGCGCGCCCUCUUCGCCUCGCCGCUGCUCGCCCUCGCCUUCGUCGCCGCCUGGGUCAUGGACCCGAAUUCCGCGGGCCCGUGGGCUGCUGCCCUCCGCGACAGCGGCGUCUUUGAGCUGCCCUCGGGAGACUUCGUGCCCAUCCUCCGCUCGUUCUACCGCCUGCCCGCCUUUGACGACUUUGUCGCCCUGGUCAACACCUUUUUCUUCCCCUCUGUCUACGGCACUGAUCCCGUCUCCCGCCGCCAGGUGCUCUCCUUCCUGACCGACGGAACCGUCCUCCUGACUAUCUGGAUUUUUGAGUCUGCCCGGCGCGCCAAUCUUCUGACGCCCAUACAAUGGCCACAUAUGUACGCCACCCUAGGUCAGCUGCUGGGCAUCGGUGUCGUCUCUCCCGCCUACUGCUUCCUGCACUACGUGCUGUCGCCGAUCGAGAAAUUUUCGGCCCUCGAUCAGCGCCUGACCAACACGCGCACCAGCUUCGCCGCCCUGCCCGUCGUGCUGCUCACCUACCUGCUGCCCUUCUACUCCAUGCUGGCUUGGCCCGACCUCCUUACCCGCCAAGUCCUGCUCUACCUCUGGCAGCUCUACCCGCUAUGGGCGGCCGCCGCCCUCUUCGCCGGCUCGCGCCUCUUCCUUCGGGACACCAUGGCAACCGACAAGCUGUCUCGCCCGCUGAGGGACCUGCCCGUCAUGAGGUUGUACGUCGGCGCGGCCGCCGCGCUGUCGGCGGUUGUGUGGUGGCACACCCGGCUCGGGGCGGGCGGGCUCGUUCACGUCUUCGUGCCCGCCGGCCUGCCGCGGAGCGAGCACAACCUGACCCGCUUCACCGCCGAGUUCCUCAAGUGGGACGAGGUCUUCGGUUUCGGCUCGCACCUGCUCUGGCUGGCUUACCUGUUCUGGGACCUCCGCAGCGCCGGCAUGCUGAGGGAAGGGUGGCUCCGCGUCGUCGGCCUCGGCCUGCUCAGCCUGGUCCUCUUCGGGCCCGGGGCCACCCUCGGUCUGGGCUGGCUCUUCCGCGAGCAUAUUCUGGCCACCAGGCGACACAAGAAUGCCCUGACUCCCGAGAGCGUCGGAAGGCUGCACGGAAGCGCCUUUUAAACGUGCCUGCGGAGGUGUUCAUUGCUGCAGGAAGCCCCCCGGCAGUGAGACUUGAAAAUUAUCGUGCCUCUGUUUGAUCAUUAAGGAGGAAGGUAUUUAUUCGACCUCUGAGUCUGAGGCCGGGUUUCAAACAAAAGUCAUCCUUUGUCAUGAGGGAGGCCUGCGCUUGCUGUGGUUUCUUCAUCCUGUCUUAGGGGCCGGUCUUCGGCUGGAAUUGUGGCCUUUGGCUCGGAAGGUGAAGGACAAAUUAUAAGGAAUGAAGCCCAUAGAUCCUCCGAUGCGUUCUUUCCGCUUCCCGUGGUUUGCUUUCAAACUCCUGUCUCUCUGCCUCAACGGAGCUCCCCCUUUGCGAGGUCCUUUCUCCAAGAAAGACAAGCCAACCUUACCUACCUACUCGG